CCCCAAGUGCGCGUGCACGGAAGAAUCCCGACUGCGCAGGCGCUUCUCCGGGCAACAUGGCUGCCGUGUUGCUGCUGCUGCGCAUCCUCCGUCAAGGCCCGGGGCCGGGUCCCGGGCGCCUGUGGGGCCUAGGCUCAGGCCUCUUCUUCGGGCCUGCGAGCAGGCCAUACGUGGUCUGCAGGCCUCCGUUGGGUGUCGCCGGGGCGGGAGGCCGAGCUCUUCAGGUAAAGAGUUUGCAAUCGAGAAUGCUAACACCUGCCUUUGAAGGGAUUGCUGGACUGUUACUGAAACAGUAUCUCAUUCAAAAUCCAGUGGGACUCUGGCGACUUUUAGGUGGUACUUACUAUUUUACUACUUCAAGAAUGAGGCAGAAGAAUAAAGACAAUGAUAAAUCCAAAGGGAAGGCCCCUGGAGAUGAUGAAGAGGAGAGGCAGCGCAAGGAGCGAGAGGACCAGAUGUACCGUGAGCGGCUGCGCACGCUGUUGGUCAUCGCUGUGGUCAUGAGCCUGCUAAACUCGCUCAGCUCCAGCGGUGGCAACAUCUCCUGGAACGACUUCGUCAGCGAGAUGCUGGCCAAGGGCGAGGUGCAGCGUGUGCAGGUGGUGCCCGAGAGUGACGUGGUGGAGGUCUACCUGCACCCGGGGGCCGUGGUGUUUGGACGGCCGCGGCUGUCCUUGGUGUACCGGAUGCAGGUGGCAAAUAUCGACAAAUUUGAGGAGAAGCUCCGUGCGGCUGAGGAUGAGCUGAACAUCGAGAGCAAAGACAGGAUCCCAGUCUCCUACAAGCGCACAGGGUUCUUUGGGAAUGCCCUCUAUGCCCUGGGGAUGACAGCCGUGGGCCUGGCCAUCCUGUGGUACAUGUUCCGCCUGGCUGGGAUGACAGGAAGAGAAGGUGGAUUCAGCGCGUUCAAUCAGCUGAAGAUGGCUCGCUUCACGAUGGUGGACGGAAAGUCAGGGAAAGGAGUCAGCUUCAAAGAUGUGGCUGGAAUGCACGAGGCCAAGCUGGAGGUCCGGGAGUUCGUGGAUUAUCUGAAGAGCCCCGAGCGCUUCCUCCAGCUUGGAGCCAAGGUCCCAAAGGGCGCACUGCUGCUCGGGCCCCCAGGCUGUGGGAAGACGCUGCUGGCCAAGGCGGUGGCCACCGAGGCCCAGGUGCCCUUCUUGGCGAUGGCUGGCCCGGAGUUCGUGGAGGUUGUCGGAGGCCUGGGUGCUGCCCGCGUACGCAGCCUCUUCAAGGAAGCCCGGGCCCGGGCCCCGUGCAUAGUGUACAUCGACGAGAUCGAUGCUGUGGGGAAGAAGCGCUCCACCUCCAAGUCUGGCUUCUCCAACACGGAGGAGGAGCAGACCCUCAACCAGCUCCUGGUGGAGAUGGAUGGAAUGGGCACCACAGACCACGUCAUCGUCCUGGCGUCCACAAACCGAGCUGACAUCCUGGACAGCGCUCUGAUGAGGCCUGGCCGCCUCGACCGGCAUGUCUUCAUCGAUCUUCCCACCCUGCAGGAGCGGCGAGAGAUUUUCGAACAGCACCUGAAAGGCCUGAAGCUGACCCAGGAGAGCAGAUUUUACUCACAGCGGCUGGCAGAGCUGACGCCAGGAUUCAGUGGUGCUGACAUCGCCAACAUCUGCAAUGAGGCUGCACUGCAUGCCGCCCGGGAGGGGCACUCAUCCGUGCACACGCUGGACUUCGAGUAUGCUGUGGAGCGGGUCGUGGCAGGGACGGCCAAAAAGAGCAAGGUCCUCUCCAGGGAGGAGCAGAGGGCUGUGGCCUUUCACGAGUCGGGCCAUGCCCUGGUGGGCUGGCUGCUGGAGCACACAGAAGCUGUGAUGAAGGUCUCCAUUGCACCUCGGACGAACGCCGCACUGGGUUUCUCGCAGAUGCUGCCCCGAGACCAGCAUCUCUUCACCACCGAGCAGCUGUUUGAGCGCAUGUGCAUGGCCCUGGGCGGCCGUGCAGCCGAGGCCAUCUCCUUCAGCCGGGUUACUUCUGGGGCCCAGGAUGACCUGAGGAAGGUCACGCGCAUUGCCUACUCCAUGGUGAAGCAGUUCGGGAUGGUGCCCAGCAUUGGGCCUGUCUCCUUUCCUGAGGCACAGGAGGGCCUCAUGGACAUCGGACGGCGCCCCUUCAGCCAGGGCCUCCAGCAGAUGAUGGACCAUGAGGCGAAGCUGCUGGUGGCCAAGGCCUACAGGCACACGGAGAAGGUGCUUCUGGACAACCUGGACAAGCUGCAGGCACUGGCGAAUGCCCUCCUGCAAAAGGAAGUGAUAAACUAUGAGGACAUUGAGGCCCUCAUUGGCCCACCGCCCCACGGGCCCAAAAAAAUGAUAGCACCACAGAAGUGGAUUGAUGCCCAAAGUGAGAGCCAAGAGGCUGGGGAGGAGGAGGCCGCCCCACUGCCCCCCCUGCACGGGGAGGAGCUCUCCUGACCUGGGUAGCUGGAAUUGGAUGGUCUGGGACUCCUUGCCCAUCGCCCAAGAUGCCUCUCACCUUCACUUCACCUUGUGUAUCUCCUCUGCAAGCCCUGGUGUUCUGAGGGCAACUGAGACCCAUGACAAGUAAAUGUCUUUGCAGAAGCGACUGGUUCAGCUGUGCGUUUGUGCAUCCUUUCCCCUGGGGGAGAUCCGCAUCUGUCAGGAGCAUGGGAGUUCUUGUGUUCCCAGGGCCAUCUGUGUGCUGUCUCUGUGUGUGGCCGUGUGACCCACAGGCAGCUCUCUCCGAAUGCCAACAGGACUCUGUGACAGGACUCUCUAAGCAGCUGUUUUUCUGGUGCUCACUCAUUAAGGAAGUCAGAGCUGGGACCUGGCAGACAACGCCACCUACUGCUGUGUGGACCGGACUGAGAGGAGAACUAGCCAGCCUGGUGCCUCAUGGGGACACCAUGCUUUUGACCACCCUGAUAAUCGCUGUAACCCCUCACUAACACAUUCUGUGGAUGGAGAUUCUGCAUUUGCACCGCACAGCUCACUGGGGCGGUGGGCUUAUCCUGGACCACAGGGUCCUGUUUCGAGUUUACACCCAGAGCCAUCAGUCCCGAGAAGCCUGCCAGGUGGGUGGCACUCUUAUGGUCUCAGCCGCUAGGAAGGCUGGGGAGAGCAAAAUCAACGCCAGCUGGACUCUGUCUCCAAAAAGAAGGCAAGCUCUUUUUGUAGGAAUCUGGGACCCACACUGUAUAGGGAUAAAGUGGGCUCCCGUGUCUAGGAUGCUGCAUGCACGUACCUGUCCUUGGGCCUCUGUCCUGUGUGGUGCCAUAUGGUGCUGUGGAUUGCAGUUAUUUCCCGAUGGAUGGGCUACAUGGCUGUGGCUGUACUUGCAGGGCCCUGAGGAAGACUGCUAGGAUGCAGGAGGGCAAAUGGGGACAAUGGGAGUUUGGAGGAGGACACUUUGACCCUCAGCCCAAGGUCAGCACUUGGUUAGGAUGCUGUUGGCUGGUCCCUCUGCCACAGGGUAGCAUUCUGUCAUGGAUGUGGCACUAGGUACAUUACCCGUUGAGAUGGCCCAUGUCUCUUUAUCGCUGGGAAUUAUUUGCUGAGUAACAGGUGACCUGGCAGCUUGAGGGCCAUGACAUGUCAAGUGCAUCGACUCAGGAUCCUGGGAGUAGACUGCAUGGCCGUCGCCCUGAUUUAGAUCAGUGGUUUAGAUGUUGCCUGUUGUCAUCCUUGGGGAUUGCUCAGAGAGACACUGGGUUUGUGCCAACUGCCAAUCACAUGCUGUAGCACUAAGGGACCAGGCUUGCUCUUGGCCCUCUGACAUGAUCACCAUGCUCUGGCCAGACACGAAGCUUCUUGGAGACAAGCACAUACUCCUUUUCCAGUCCUGGAAAUUGAACCCAGGGCCUUCACACAGCUAUGUCCUCAGCCUUUUAUUAUUAUUAUUAUUAUUAUUAUUAUUAUUAUUAUUAUUAUUAUUACUAAUUUUAGACAGGUCUAGCUGAAUCACUGUGUUGCCCAGGUUGGAUUCAAACGUGCAGUCCCCAUGCCUCAGCCUUAGUGUGCUGGGCUUCCAGGUGUGCACCACUACCACCAGCCACGCACACACUCUACGUAGUAUGCAGAAUUAACAGCCUUGGAAAAAUCUUGGAAAGCCCCCAGGUCAUUCAAGGUUGUGAAAAGAAAACAUUAAAUUCCAAAACUGUACA